AUGGCACCCUCCAUCCUUGAGACCCAACCCCAAGCACCCCACUCCUUCACAUCUCCAGCCCAGAAAACAGUAGACAGGAAAAUCUUCCCAGACGGGAUCAAGACCUCGGGCCAGCAUCCUCCUGUAUCUUCCCAGCUCAGACCGUAUUCCGAGUUUCCCAAGGAAAUCACCGGUGAGACGGUCUGGAAAGCAGAGGACUAUCGAAAUAACCCGGAGAGAUGGGUUCAUGUGUUCAACGAAGAGGAAAUUGCGGAGUUAAGCGAGGUUGCUGAUAAGUUUAUUGCCGACAAGACACCUUUGACGGGAAUAUCUCAAGAUACUUUCAAACUCCCAAAUCUCUCCAAACUACUAGCCUCAAUUCGCAGCGAGACUUUGAAUGGAAAGGGAUUCAUCCUCUUCAAAGGUUUCCCAGUCGAGAAAUGGGGUAACCACAAGUCCGCUGUCGCAUAUAUGGGAUUGGGAACAUAUCUCGGAUAUUUCGUUUCCCAGAACGGCCGUGGUCAUGUCCUCGGUCAUGUCAAAGACGUUGGUGAUGAUCCAACGCAGAUCGACCGCGUAAGAAUCUACCGCACAAACGCCCGUCAAUUCUUCCACGCCGAUGACUCCGAUAUCGUCGGUCUUCUCUGCAUAGCCCGCGCCCUCGAAGGCGGAGAAUCCGACAUCGUCUCCUCGCACCACGUCUGGAACACGCUGCAACGCGAACGUCCCGACGUCGCCGAAACCCUCACAAAACCCAUCUGGUAUUUCGACCGCAAAGGCGAAGAAUCCGCUGGCGAAGAACCAUACAUCAAGACCUCAGUUUUCUACCUCGAAACCGGUCCCAACCCGCGUGUGUACUCCAAGUGGGAUCCAUAUUACAUCAAGUCCCUUGACCGGUUCAUGGAUAAGGGAAUUAUUCCGAAGCUGAGCCCUGAGCAGGUUGAAGCUGCUAAAGUCCUCGAGGAGACGUGCUUUAAAUUGAGUCUGCAUAUGAUUCUUGAGGUUGGCGAUAUUCAGUUUUUGAGUAACGAGCAUGUGUUGCAUGCUAGGACUGAGUAUAAGGACCAUGCUCCACCACUACCGAGAAGACACCUUAUGAGAUUGUGGUUGGCGACGCCGGAGAAUGAGGGAGGAUGGAAAUUGCCAUUCCACGAUUCGAGUGAGAAGAAGAGAGGCGGAAUCCAGGUUAAUGAUAACCCUCCUGUUUGUCCGUUGGAUGCCGAGUAA